AUGGCGGGGAUGGAGCUGCCCCGCUGUCGACUCGGCGCUCAGGCCACGAGGCCGAACCCGCUGUGCCGGGGCAAGUUACGGGGUGCUUCGAUGUUCAUGGUGUCGGGCCUCAGGGUGGCCUGGGGUUGGCGCUCGGCUGUGCCAGGACUGCGGCCAGCUCGGGAGAACUCGCAGAAGCCGUCGGAUGCAGCUGGCCGGGCCAGGCGGCAGACCCAGUCAGCCGUCCCCGAGGCCGCCGCAGAGUCCCUGGACUGGGGCCGGCAGCGCGCGGAGCUGUGGGCGGAGAUGGAGAAGCGCCGCAACCGCGAGGAGAAGGGCUACCGGGGCCUCGCGCGCGAGGAGCGCUCCGACUCGCUGGGCGAGCGGCUCCUCGGCGAGGAGCCGCGGCGGGUCCUGCGGGAGAUCAGGCAGCUCGGCAAGGAGCGCCGCUGGGCGGAAGCCCUGCUGCUGCUCCGGGCGGAGGCCGACCCAGCCCCGGCCCUGCGCACGGCGGCCAUGAACGCGUGCGCGAAGGCACUGGAGCUCGAACAGGCGCGCGCCGUUUUCGACGAGAUGCCGGAGAAGACGGUGGCGGCGUACAACGUGCUGGUGUGGAUGGUCGGGCUGCGCGACCCAGCCGGCGCCGAGAGGCUGGUAGAGGAGAUGCCCAAGCAGGCUCUGCGGCCCGACGCGGGCAUCUUCCGCUCGCUCAUCGACACCCACGGCAAGGCUGGCGACCUGAAGGCCGCAAUGCGCGUCUUCUCUCAGUCGCGCGGCGACGGGAUCCCGCCGUCGACCUCCACGUACCAGGUGCUUCUGAGCGCCUGUACGCGGGCGGGCGACCCGGACUGCGCCGAGGAGCUCCUCGCCGACAUCGGGGGAGCGGCUCCAGCCGGACGUCGGCCACUGGUCGAGCCUGGUGGUCUCCUGCUCGCGGGGCAAGGACGAGGCGAGGGCACGGGCUGCCUUCGAGGGCAUGCGCGGCGCCGCGGUGGCGCCCGACGCCGUGGCCUACACCGCUCUGAUCUCGUGCUUCGGGGGCGAGGGGGCCUUCGAGAAGGGCCAGGCGGCCUUCGCGGAAAUGCGCAGCGCCGCCGUGUCCCCCGACACGUUCGCGUACAACGCUCUCCUCGACAUCGCCGCCACGGAGGGCGACGAGGAGCGUUUUGA